UGGUGGUAAAGCUCUUCGGUGGAGUUGUUAGAAUACUUCCGUUUAGAUAUUUUCGUAUGUAUUUCGGGUUUUAAACUUUAUCUUAUGCUAUGGAUGGUGGAAAAAAGGUCUGGGUCCCCGACAACGAACAUGGAUUUCGUUUGGGCGAAAUUGUCGAUUUGGGAUCGGACACGAUCAGUGUUGAGGUGGACGGAGAAAGAGGAAAGGUUGUAACGGCUCCAUACGACAGAGUAUUCCCAUCUGAGAAGGAUAACACAAGAGAUUUUGAGGACAACUGCUCUUUGAUGUUCCUCAAUGAAGCUACCUUGUUGCACAACUUGAAAAUUAGAUACCAAAAAGACAAAAUAUAUACUUACGUGGCCAAUAUUCUACUUGCUGUUAACCCAUAUCAUGAAAUUAAAGAACUCUACUCAAAGGAAAGAAUCAAAGAAUAUCAUGGAAAGUCACUGGGGGUUUUGCCACCUCAUGUGUUUGCUAUUGCUGACAAGGCUUACAGAGAUAUGAGAGUGUACAAACAAAGCCAAUCUCUGAUUGUUAGUGGUGAAAGUGGUGCAGGAAAGACAGAAUCAACCAAGUAUAUUUUAAGAUAUCUGACUGAGUCUUGGGGAUCUGGUGAUCAAGGUUGCAUUGAGCAGAGGAUUAUUGAAGCUAACCCCUUACUUGAAUCCUUUGGAAAUGCUAAAACAAUGCGAAACAUCAACAGCAGUCGAUUUGGAAAGUAUGUUGAAGUUCACUUCAAUGAGAAGGUUACAGUUGUUGGUGGGUUCAUUUCACAUUAUCUUUUGGAGAAAUCUCGAAUCUGCAAGCAGAGUAAAGGGGAGAGGAACUACCAUGUGUUUUACAGGCUUUGUUCAGGAGCACCUCAACAAAUGAAAUCAAAGCUCGGCAUUUCAAAGGCAGAAGAUUUUCUGUACUUAAAGCAGGGUUCAAUCACAGAUCCUAGUCUUGAUGAUGCGUCAGAUUAUCGUAGAAUGGAUGAGUCCAUGAACAAAGUGGGCUUUUCAGAAGAGGAAAAAGCCAACAUCUUCAGAGUUGUUGCUGCCGUGCUUCAUGUUGGAAAUAUUUCAUUUGAGGACAGUGGAGACACUGAAGGUGGCUCUGUAGUAUCACCUAAAAGUACAAACUCACUGAAUACUGCUGCUAAGCUGGUGGAUGUGUCAUCUGAAGAGCUGAAGAUGUCACUUACAACAAGGAUGAUGUCUGCUGGAGGGUCAAACAUGAGAGUUCCCCUGAAACCAGAACAGGCCUGUGCUGCAAGAGAUGCUUUGGCAAAAGCUCUCUACACCAAACUGUUUGAUCACAUUGUUGGCCAGGUCAAUCAGUGCUUCCCUUUUAAGAAUUCUUUUACUUACAUUGGUGUGUUGGACAUCGCUGGCUUUGAAUACUACGAAUUCAACAGCUUUGAACAGUUUUGCAUCAACUAUUGCAAUGAAAAGCUACAACAACUCUUUAAUGAUAGGAUACUGAAACAAGAGCAAGAGUUGUACGAUAAAGAAGGUCUUGGGGUAAAAUCUGUGACGUUUGUGGACAAUCAAGAUUGCAUUGCGCUCAUUGAAGCAAAAAAGACGGGAAUUAUUGACAUUUUGGACGAGGAGAGCAAGCUGCCUAAACCCACUGCAGAACACUUCACACGAGAACUUCACCAAAAACACAAGAACCACUUUAGGCUGGCGCUCCCCAGAAAAUCUCAUCUGAUUUACCACAAGAAAAUGCGAGACGAUGAAGGCUUCCUUAUUAGACAUUUUGCCGGUGCUGUCUGUUACCAAACAUCGGAUUUUAUAGAGAAGGAUAACGACGCUCUUCACAGCGAUCUGGAAGAAUUGAUACAAGACAGCAAAGAUUCUUUCCUCAAGAGUCUGUUCCCAGGUGUGGCACCCAAGAAAAACGACAUCGGCUCGUUGUCGUUUGGUUCUCCUAUCACUCGGACAGGCAGUAGGAAACUUGGAUUCAUCAGCGUUGGCAAUAAGUUCAGGACACAACUGAAUCAACUGAUGGAGAAACUCAACAAAACGGGGGCUAGCUUUAUUCGAUGCAUUAAACCAAAUGGAAAGAUGACCGCGCGGGAUUUUGAAGGUGGUUCAAUUUUGAGUCAACUGGAGUGUGCUGGGAUGGUUUCAGUGUUGAACUUGAUGCAAGAUGGCUGGCCAUCGAGGGCACCGUUCAAAGAUCUUUACCAAAUGUACAAAGACUACUUACCACCUCGACUUGCCCGACUUGAUCCAAGAAUGUUCUGCAAGGCUUUGUUUCAUGCCCUUGGCAUGGAUGACAAGGAUUACAAGUUUGGCCUUUCUAAGAUCUUUUUUCGCCCUGGCAAGUUUGCAGAGUUUGACGAGAUUAUGCAUUCAGACCCCGAGAGCCUAAAGAAUAUUAUCUCCAAAGUUCUUACUUGGUUGAUCCGAACUCGCUGGAGACGAGCCAUCUGGGGAACACUGUCUGUCAUUAAGUUGAUGAAGAAGAUUGAAUUCCGGGCGGCAGCUAUCAUUCGCAUUCAGAAAAAUGUUAAAAUGUUUCUGGCAAUAUGUCGCCACAAACCUCGGUAUCAAGGCAUUAUUAAAAUUCGAAAACUACAGGUGCAACUAGAUAAUAUUGGGAAACUAGUGGGAUCUCUGAAGAAAGACCAAAGCGUAUUGGCUAAAAACGUGAAGGAACUCGGACAAGCCAUUGACGAUGCUGUGAUCAAAGUCAAGGGUAAUUUGAUGAAGCGAGAUGCUAUCGAUGCACUUUACUUUGGUCUUGUCAGUAAUUUAAACAAACAACUUAAGGAUGUGGAGCAGCGAGUAGAACAGCAAAAGGUCGAAGAAGAACAAGAACGACUAAGAAAAAUACAAGAACAGAUGGAACUGGAAAGAAAGAGAAGGGAAGAAGAAGAAAGGAAGAGAAAACAGGAAGAAGAGGAGAGAAAAAUGAGAAUGGAAAUGGAGGUGAGAAGGAAACUGGAAGAGGAAGAACAACGUAAGAGGGACGAAGAAGAAAGAAGGAAAAGAGAAAAGGAAGAGGCUGACAGACAAUUACAGGCUUUAAAAGCUGCAGAAGAACAGAAGGCUAGGGAGGACGAACAACGGAGGUGCGCGAUGAUUAAACAAGAGCGAAUGGACCGGGAACUAGCUUUACGGCUUGCACAGGACCCGGACGCUUUGGACGCAGAAGUGCAGCAGGCUCCCCAGCUACCACUUCAGAGAGCGCUGCCACCGCGAGAGAAAAAGAAACACGACUUAUCUUCUUGGAAAUACGCCGAGCUGCGGGACACAAUUAACACGUCCUGCGACAUUGAGCUUCUGGAGGCCUGCAGGCAGGAGUUUCAGCGGCGGCUCAAGGUUUAUCACCAGUGGAAGAAAACCAACAAGGCGCGAGGCACAGGCCAAGAAGGUGCUGCUCAAAGGGCCCCACAGGAUAUUAUGGCAGCAGCUGAAAAUGCUCCACCCCUCCCUCCUCGCCCUGGUCAUCCGCAACAGGCUACUUCUUCCCCAGCCCUCCCCCCACGAAGGCCGCAGAGAUAUUUCCGUGUGCCGUUUAUGCGUCGGUCCAAUCAGCAGGGAUGGUGGUUUGCACACUUUGAUGGGCAGUGGAUUGCGCGCCAAAUGGAGCUUCACCACGGGAAACCUGCCUUAUUGCUAGUCGCAGGGGAGGAUGAUCUGGACAUGUGCGAGCUGAGUUUGAACGAGACACGAUUGGCGCUGCGCAAAGGGGCUGAGAUUACUGUCAGUGACUUUGAGAUCGAGUGGCAGAGACACGGUGGAGCUCCACGGGAGUACCAAGCCAAAAUAUAUACACAACAGAACUGAGCAAGACAGGGUGGAGUAGAGUGGAGCCUAAUUGGGAGGGGGGGAAACGGAAUCUUCAGUGUAGAAAGCAUAAGCAAGCUAUCCUUUAUAGUUAACCCUGCUUGCGGUGUUCGUCAAAGACUCCUAUUGCUCUGGUAGAAACUUAAUGACAUUGUAGCAAUUAUGGCUCUUUUUUGAAACCCAUCCUUAAGAUACGGUCAUAUCUAUUGGGUGGUGUUAUCUGCAUGCAAUACAGUGUUUUCUGUUUUAAGGUCUGUUUUUCUGAGGAAUUGAAUUGCCGUUGCACGGCUAAGUAUCAGUUGCCGAGGGCAGUUCAUAAAAAUCAUGCUUUCAAUAAAUGGAGCAAGAAAACUUUAAUCCAAUCAUAAUUGUAGGUAGUUAGCGUGUGAGUGUAAAAGUGUUAGGAAUUUGGAGAGAAAUUUUGAAGUUGUUAAAAUUAAACUCAUUUACUAUUUGUUUAUUACCAAUCACUACAGAAAUAAUUAGGGAAUGGCUGGAACUAUUUUUUGUUGGUAUUUCAGGAAUUUCAUCCAAUUUGCUUGGGUGCCUAAAGGAUAAGAUACACUGCAAAGUUUUAUUUUCUUGAGUUCGGAACUAUAAUAAGCAUGAGAGUCAUUCCACAUAGAGCACGAAACUUCAGAAGUAAUGACAUCCAAAUAUCUCUUUGUCAUUAUUUUUAAUAAAUAUGAAGCUACUCUGAAAAAUGAACCUCCUUUCAGAGAAUAGAGAAAGACUUUAUAAAGUCCUCAACUUAAUAACUAUUAAUAAUAUUUGAUUGAGUUAUGAUACAGUAGCUAUGUAAUAAUGGUUAUUUAAUAUAGGGAAUUUAUUUAUUUGCUUAGCAACUUAUUUUUGACAAAUUUUCACAGGACCUAGUGAUUGCAAUCUUUUUAACUAAUCAGAUUUCUUAAUUAAAACCUCAGAUUGAAACUCAUCUCAGUACAAAGAUUUUUGACAAUAACUGUCAGUGUUAGUUCUAAGUGAUAAUUGAAUGUUUCCCUUUUCUCUGUUGACAUUUUUUACUACAAAGUUAGGUUUCAUUAUCAAAACAAGAAAGUAGAAACAAGUCCAUGUAAUUCUUGGGUUGAUAUUGUAAUGCUGAUUUGCAAUUGGAAGAUCCAAUAAAGGUUUUUAACAUUGAA